UGUAGGUGUGUAGCUGUGACAAGUAGAAGACAGUAUAGUUGGUGUUUUGCACCUGACAAGUCAAAUUCACCUAUUUUCACCUGUAUAGAAUCUCGUUGUCUUACAUUAAACUGCAACAUGACGCCUUAUCUCAGUGGAUUAUUAUUGAUAUGUACAUUUAUAGGUUCCAGUAGAGCAGGUCAAUGGCGAUACAGCGGACCUACAGGUCCGGAUAGUUGGCAUGAAUUAUUUCCAAGUGCUUGUUCCGGGGAGGAACAGUCCCCGAUUGAUAUACAACCAGAAAUGACCAUGUUUGAUCCAGAUCUAAAAGAUUUUGCCAUCUGGUAUGAUCCUCCGAAACCGGGAUCACGGAUGUAUGUUAAAAAUAACGGACAUGCUAUUCAAGUUGAUACUGUUGGUGACUUCUACGUAACAAAUGGUGGAUUAAAUAACGUCUAUAAAACAUCCCAGUUUCAUUUUCACUGGGGUAGUCAGGAUCAUGUCGGUUCUGAACAUUUAUUAGAUAGUGUUGCAUACCCUAUAGAGAUGCAUAUCGUCAACUACAACAGCGAUAGAUUUAAUGAUAUUGCGGAGGCAGUGGUAGAAAAGGGUGGUCUCGCUGUUUUAGGUGUUUUAUUUGAGGUACAAGAAGAGGUAAAUCCAGCAUUUGAACCAAUUAUAGCCGCAUUACAACAAGUUAAAGAUCCAGAGGAAGGCAAUUCACUGGAGAUUGAACCACUGUCAUUACGUAGUUUAUUACCAAAUGAUAUCAGUAAAUAUUAUCGUUAUAACGGAUCACUAACGACACCUGGGUGUUUUGAAACAGUUACAUGGACCGUCUUCCACGAAAAACAGAAAAUAUCUUUUGGACAGUUGUUGAAGUUCAGAAGAGUUCUACAACACAGACAUCAUAAACACCAUAAAAAACAUCAUAAACGGUCUAUGAGGCGUCGAGUAGAACGACAGGCAGAAGAAAACGCAGAGGCAGUACUUAAUGAAAUGGGAAUCAAACACGACAAUGUUCAAAAAGGCGAAUUAAUGUCAUCACUAGUCAACCAAAAGAAUCAGGAAGCUACCAGUACUGACGUGACAUCCAGUCACAUGACCAAUACCCAUGGCAGUAAAAGUGACGCCACUGUCUUGGCACUGAAAAGUUCUGAUGCUACACAAGAUCAACCGACAGCCAUGGCACAGACUGACGUCACACACGAGGAAACAAAGGAUGUUAUUAGCGAUCCUGAUAUGACAAAAGUAAGCGUUGAUGAGGAAAUUGCCAAACAAGCUGAAGAAAAUAUGAAAGAGUAUACAGAAACUUUACUGGAAACCCCGACCGACACCCACAGCACUGCCGAAGAACCUACUGUUGUCACUAACCUAGAUAGUCAGCCAAAGGAAGAAACGGGAGAAGAAUGGGUUCAAGAAAAUCUUGUUGAUAAUUUCCGACCCCCACAACCGCUAAACAAUCGUAUGGUUCAUCGCAGUUUUAAGCUAAAAGACAUUUACGAGGCGAAACCAAAAUAUGAGGUAGUCAAUGAGCCUCAACCUCCAAAACAAAACGCAAUAGGUGAAGUUUAUUCCAAGAAAAACCCUGGAAAUUCUGGUCAUCAAGCUCAGUUUACGUUUUAUUCUCUAAUUCUUGUGUUCAUCAUUUCCUUUUUAUAAUAAAUAAAUAAACAAACACACUUCAUCUUCAUCGGCAAUAAUAUUAACAAACAAACAAACAGACAAACAAAUAUGGAAGACGUAAACAGGUACUAGCUAGGGUAUCACUUUCAUUGGUUGGAAUAAUGAUAUUAGAUUUCACGUCAUCUCCAAAAUGAAGUAUUUAAAAGAACACAGCCAUCUUGAAUUGGGUGAAAAACAGUUACUAGCUACAAUAGCACUUUGCUUGGCCAAAAUAUAAUGAUGUAAAUUUCACUCGUCAUCUCCGAAAUAAAGUAUUUAAAAGAACACAACCAUCUUGGAUUGAGUGAAAAUGAGAGUAUCAUUUUGAUUGGCUAAAAUAUAAUGAUAUUAGAUUUCAUUUCAUCUGCGAAAUGAAGUAGUUGAAAGACACAGUCAUCUUGAAUAAUGUGAAAAUUGAAAGGAUCCUUUUGAUUGGUAAUAUAUUGAUAUUAGAUUUUACUUCAUCUACGAAAUAAAGUAUUUGAAAAAAGCACAACCAUCAUUUUGAUUGGCUGAAAUACAACAAUAUUAGAUGGACAAAUGAUAUUUAAAGAUACAUUAUGGGAGAUUAGAUAAAGAGCUGGCAGUUCUCACUAUAAUAGUUAAAAACUAGAUAAUGUAAAGGGAAUUUACUGAAAAUUUCAGUAAAAUUGAUCCACUCUGAACCAAGAUUUUAGCGAUUGAAUUUUCAGCCUUGCCUCGAUCAUCAUUACUAAAGUCGGUACGAUAAAAAACAUAGUCUCCAUUAUCCAUAUCAUGAUUAAAUCAAGAAUGAAAGUGGAGCAGCAAAUGGUAUCUUAAUCCAGUAAACAUUGCAGGCUAGCGUUGACAUUGAGAGUUGAUUAUGGUCUGGAUAAGUUAAUUAAUGUCUAAUUAAUAAUUUAGAUAACAUUUAAGGCCUAAAGAAAGACCUGCAAUAGGCAGAUUUAGAUCUUGCAUAAUGUAUGUUUAACCUAUUGGCCCUUACUUAUUUCUUAUACUGGUAUUUUAUUUGUCUAUUUGUCUUUUUCUAUGCACCUCUUCUCAACUUUUUAUCAUUUAUUUUUGUCAAAAACUUUUAAAGUUUACAAUUGUCUUUCAUUCAAUACAUACUCCAGUUUUUUUUUAGAGAAUCUAACAUAUCUAGAUCUGAUAAAAUGCAUUUCAAAUUCAAAUUUCA